UUAAGUAUGAGAUUAGCAUUGAAUUUGUAACCCACGACCAGUUUUCAUACCAAUCGUCCUGCCUUCAAUUAGUCGCUUCAAUCCUCCCCUCCGUUUCCAUCCCACCCUUGUUAAGCUAUGGUCCAUGAUCAGAAAGAGAGAAAGAGAGCGACAAAUCGGAAGCGAUUGGAAGAAAGAUCGAUUUAGAAGCAGGCCCGACCAGAAGCUAGGGUUUUAAGUAUUCCAUUCAGGUACAUAGAUGGCUGAGUAUAGCUAAAGGGUUGAACUGCAUGGGAAAUCAAAGGUAAGGGAUGAUUAACAGAUCCUCAACUGGUCAAGUUUUUGAUGAUGGCUGUGGAAACUAUGAUCGGCUUUGUUCUCUUCGUUCUUCCUUUCAUGGGCAGGUUCUGAAGAAUGGAGUUGAAGUGAAGCUGCAAAGGAAUGCUUUGAGUAUUCUUGAACCACCAACAGGUCAUGAAGAAGAUGAUGAAUACGAAUUUGAUAUUUCAAGCAGUGGCUCGGAUGUUAACGAGUUUUCCACCCCUAAUGAGUUCAGCAAACUAAACAACCCAAAAGUUCGAUAUGCAAGCUGGCUUCCUGAAAUAUACUCCGCGUCUUUGAAGAUAGAGUCUCGACUUCCUUUUGUAAAAAGGAUGUUGUGGUAUUCAAAGUGGUUGAUAUCCAUGUGGAUUAGCGUUACGAUGUAUAUAAUGGAGUUGUUAUUCACACUUCUAUAUUGCCGGUCCAUAUUUCCAUGGGAACAAUCUUUGGGUCGUGAUUUAGGUUCUUCAAAUGACGGUGUAACUCACAACAAGCCGAACGCUUCAAGCUACCUGCACUUGGAGAUUCUGAUACGAUUGAUCAUCUUUUGUUCAUGGUAUGCAUUCAAACUCUUGCUCUACCACCUAUAAUCUUGAUGAUUAAAAAUGAAAAAAAAGUGUACUUCAUGUGGUUUUUGUAUUUUAAGAUUCAUUUGUGUUAUGUAUAUAUGGGAUAAUCAAGAUUUGAAAUUUUUAGCUUUUAGCUGCACUUGGAUAGUCACAUAUGAUCAUCCAUGUAUCAUAUGCAUCUUGUAUCAUUUCCAAUAUGUAUGAUGACACAAAACCAACGAUAAUAAUAAA